AUGAUAGUAAUAUGAUAGGUUUUUAAUAAAUAAAUAAUUUAGUAGAAAGUUUAUUAUCUUCCUUAAUAAAAAAUAUAUUAUAUUUUUAUUCAUAUAUAUAAAUUAUAUAUUGUAUUAUAUUAUAUGUAUAUUCUUAUUUCUAGUAGUUUAUUUUUUUUACUUUAACUUGCAUCGAUUAUUAUUUUACAAUAUACAUUAUGAUUUAACAUACAUUCGGUUAUAUUGAUUAAUAAAUUAAUAAAACACUUAUUAAUAUAUAAAGAUUAACAGAAAUAACAACAACUUUUUUCUUCAUAAGCCAAAAUCUCGUAAUUAGUAAAACAAGAAAAGGAAAAUGAAUAAUAUUUGCCUGAAUGUUUUAAACUUUUCCAAAUUUAAAAUAUUUGGUGUAUUUGUAAUAUAUAUUAUUACAUGAAUAAGAUUUAAAAUAUAUAGUAUAGUACAUCAAAUAACAAUAUAUAAUAAUGUAAUAUAUAAUUACAUUUAUAAUUACAUUUUGUUGUUUGAUCAAAUGUAAAAUAAUAAAACUAAGAAAUGUAAAAUAAUUAACUGUCUGUUAACAGUUAAAUUUUAGUUUCGCGCCACUGCACGCUGGCUCGAAUAAAAAUCGAUUUAUUGCGGAAAUGUAUAUACGUGAAAGCUCGUUGAAGGGAAAGCUGUCGUGGUUCACGGAUGUUUGCACAGAACUUGGAAGAAUGUUGCCCGUGCCACUUGGUUCUCGAUUUUUCAGCAGGCUUGUUUCCCAGUUACUGACGUUCGAACAAAGAUCUACGUGGUUGUUCCGCGUUUGGACAUUCGUGUUUCGGUGGCCACGGUAAGAGGUUCGAUCCAUAUGCACGGGGAAACGUACCCCAAGAGAAUCAAGUAGACACGGCUACCAGCGACAAACACGAAGAAAUGGAAGCUCUGCGUUUGCCUAACGAGUUCGUCAUUGCCGAGAAAAAGUUCGAGGGUCAAGAGGAGACACCUUUUUCUCAGACACGUAGACAGGAUUCCACGAGAUUCGAUCCUUCCAUGCUAUCCUUCAUCGUUCGACAAUGGGUAUACAAAUAUUUGAUUUCACGGGAGACGAAAAAACGAAUGAAUAGAGGCGUCUAUUACAUUAGGUAGAACACUUACUCGCCCGAUGAGAAAUGAACCUUAUCGAGAUUCGAAAUGCGUGAUGGAAUUACGAUUACUUAAUUGGCCAAAUCAGUUGAACAUUUGUUUCACUUAACGUUGGACGAAUCAGUUUCUACAAAGUUGCACUGUUUCAAAACACACUUAUCGGUGGAAAUAGCUUUCUUUCAUCAUAAUUUCAUUUUUCGUGAGAUUAUUGGUAUUUUUUAAAAUAGAAAUUUAUGCUCUAUAUCUAUCGAUUGAUGAGUUUUUUUUUUAUUUUCAUUAACAUUAUAAUUAAGAGGUUCAUACAAUAAUAAUAAAAAAAAAAAAAAAAAUACAGGAAUCCACUGAUAGAAAUAUUUCAUUGAAAAGUUCAUUUUCAAUAAUAUAAAUUAUAAUUUCUUCCUAUAAAUUCACACAUAUCUAAUAAUCAUCAUAUGGACACUUACAAAAAGAUUUCUCGCGCGAGUUCCAUUAAAAAAAUCGAUUAUCUCGAGAUCUAAUUGUGGCUGUAAGAGAAACGAUAUAAUUUUGUUCGACAAACUCAAUAAUCAAGUAUUUUUUGAAAUAAUGCAAUAAUAAAUGUAAUUUUAUUUAACUGGUUCAUUUAAUUACAUUAGAGAGUAUCUUAAUCUGUUAUUAAUUAUCCGAUAAAAUGAUUAAUAAUGACAGAAAUAGAAUCAUUAAUAACUAUGGCAUUACACCAUCGAGGCGCGGAACUUCGUUAAACAUUGAACGUUUCAUCUCCUCUUGCAAAACUGUACACCUAUACUUCCACCUAUCAGCAACUUAAGUAUUUCAAGUUCUAUCGUUAUGCAAGGCUUCAUUAAAAAGUUACCGUUCUUUGACUUUCUUUUGUAACUAGCACGCCGGCCCAUACCGGUCUUGUAUGCUAAUUAGAUUUGGGAUUAGAUCAAGGUAUCAAGCUCUUACCUUAGACCUCAUUGUUAUUUCCGUUGGCAGCCAUUCUUUCUUCCCUUUAAAUUUGAAAAGCUCUUCGUUCGCGUUAUUGAAUAUGAAUAACAAAUUUAACACGUUGAUCAUUAAGUGAAAUAUACGCCUCUGUGAAUUGGAAUAUUUAAUUCUUAUGAAAUAUCAUACUGCAAUGAAAGCGUGUUUUUCAUUUUACAAUAUUGUAUAUUCAUAUGAUUAUGCUAUAAUUAUUUUAUAUAUUAUAUAAUAUAUUUUAUAAUAUUUUUAUAUUCACAUAUUUAUUUAUUAUAAUAUUAUAAUAUUCAUUUAUUUGCAUACUUAUUUACAUUAUUUAAUCACAAGUAUCGUUAAGUUAUAGAUGACUGUGGCAAUUUAUUUAAAUCACUAAAUCACAAAAUUCAUUAAAUUUAGUUCAAUUUUUAGUUUCGUUUUGUUUUGCGUUGUUACAUUUUUUUGUAAUAGAAGUUAAAAGUAAAAUCGAAUGAAAUUGAAAAUUUUAGAAUUGAAUAG